CCAUUAGACUUUUCCAUGUUCUUAUUGCCACUGGUUAUCCAUUAUGCAAAUGCUUAACAUUUCAUAUUUUAACAUUUGCAGGGCUCAACAGUGCGACCAUUUUACUUGCAUAUUCAACAAAAUGUGUGCGAACUGCAAAAGUCAAAUAUGAGCACAUGUACGAGUUGAGGUUUAUACCUGCUGUUUGUUUUAUAUCAUGUAUGUCCCGCCUACUUCCGGGUACAAGUCCUGUACUGUUUUUGAAGUCCUUGUACUGCUUUUGAAUGGGCUUUCGGCUUAUAUAAUCAAAUUCUUGAAAAUGGGGUCAUUUAAGAAAUUUUAAAUAAUAUUUGUAUUCAUGGAUUCAUUUACCUUUAACCAAUGCCUUUUAUGAAGGUUUUUGAAGAUGAAAAAAAAACGCAAUCAGGUAGAAGAAAAUAUAAUAUAUGAAUAAUUGUACAUAUCUUAAAGGACAACGUUUUCAUGAAUUUGUUAAUAAGCAAAGUUUUUAUUUUAUUUGUAUAACUAAACCAAGAGACCACAGCCUGUCGUUUCAAAUGGAAACAAUUGAGCCAUUGUGGGCAGAAAAGCAAAGUAUUGGCGCCUUCUAGCACAUAUUUGCAUAUUUCCGUAAGGGAACACCUACUCUGAAGUGCGCGUGUGCACUAACUCAACGCAAAAAAAAAUGUUUUACUUUGGCAAAGGGUAAAGUCUACAAAACGUAGUCCACUCUGUUAGUAACUGAUUUUAGUUUUGUGAACCGAACUAUAUUGAGAUCAAAUGUUUCAUCGAUGAGAAAGUUUGCAUAAUGUCGGUAAAAAUCCAUCUCGUAGUGAGUGGAAACGCAAAGCGGAUGCUUCAUAUUGAUACAUCCGGUAAGAUAUCUGUCUCAUUGUUCUAUCUGUGAUUAAGCUUGAACUCCAUUAAAAAUCAUUACGGGCCUUGAACAAGGAAGUAAGCAGGACUUGCCGUAUUCAACGCGCAGCUCAACGAGCCAAUCGUAGCCGAGUUCAAGCUUGUUUAGCUGAACGCGCCAAUCAUAACCUAGUUACAGUCUGGAACCGCGAGCCUUUGAGACGAGUACCUUGAGUGCGCCCGUUUUGGCUUGCUACUGUACAGGAGAAUGAAGAGCAUCCAAUUGAAUUUUAGGCGACAAUGCCAACAGGAUCCAGGGGAGGCCGGGUCCGAGUCUGUCAGUGAUCUUGUCGGUAUUGAUUUUGCUGAGCCACCAGCAACACAAGAUGAAGUUUCGGCCAGCAGCAGCCUGAACACUGGCGUUGCCCCCGCUUCGCCAACCACUGCCGGUGGGAAACAAUACAAAUACAACGCACAGUGGGAGAAAGCUUUCCCGUGGUUGCAUUUUGAAGGAAAUGUUAUGUUUUGCAAAUAUUGCAAGGCCGAACCACAACUUGCAGGCAAGCUUUCUUCGUUUGUGGUGGGGAAUCCUCACUUGAAGAAGGACACUGUUAAAAAACACAACGCGUCGAAAAAGCACAUUGAGUGCAGAGAUAUCCACAUCAUCAAGAGUACCAACGAAUACCCGGUGACAGUUCAAUCGGCUCUGAGGAGGCAGAACAACUUUCCGGCGUCACAUUUUACCUCACCUCUCAAGAUGACAACUCCUCAGUAUGACCUGUCAAACACGCUCCCUCCCCACACACUGACCCGGCUGGCACGGGAGUGGCUGGCAGAGGACACACCAAACUUUGACCCUGCAGGGCUGUGUGUGGGAUCACAUGAGGUCGAGGCUAGGUUGUUGUGCAAAACGCCGUGCAGCGUGCUGGCGGGCAGGCCUUUCUUCACUGCGGUCUUCACUGAGCUCAGCUGCACUGUGGAAUGGGCACACAAAGAGGGAGCACAGCUGGGUCCGGAUGCAGUGGCCCAGACUGCUGUGGUCAGAGGCCCAGCAAGGUGCGUCCUCCUCGGGGAGAGACCGGCCCUCAACUGCCUGGCCCGGGCCUCGGGGAUAGCCACCCGCUGCUCCCAGCUACAGAGCGUCGCCAGGGAGGCAGGCUGGCAUGGCCAUGUGGCUGGCACGCGUAAAACUACCCCUGGCUUCCGGCUGGUGGAGAAGUAUGCCAUGCUGGUGGGCGGCGUGUCCAUGCACAGACAGGACCUGAGUGGGAUGGUGAUGCUGAAAGACAAUCAUAUAUGGGCAUCAGGGAGCAUCACACAGGCGGUGAAGGACGCCCGCUCGGUGUGUGGCUUCAGCAGUAAGAUCGAGGUGGAGUGCGGCAGCCGGGAGGAGGGCAGUGAGGCGGCCACGGCAGGAGCCGACAUCGUCAUGCUGGACAACUUUAAGCCACAGGAACUCCAUGCGGCAGCCCAGCUUCUGAAGGAGGAGUUCCCGUCUGUGCUAAUCGAGGCCAGUGGAGGGGUGACCCCAGACAACCUGCCCCAGUAUCUCUCCCCCCAUGUGGACAUCAUCUCUCUGGGCUGCAUAACACAGGGCUGCCCCGUGGUAGACUUCUCCCUCAAGGUUCAAAAGCCUGUUGCCUUUCCAAUAAUUUUCGAAUCACAGUAACUGUGGCAAUUCAGGAUUUUUGUUAAUAAUGUGAAAAUAAAAAGCAAUGGGCAAUUUCCUCACUUUUGAUCCUGGAGAUGAUCAAGAGAAGAAAAAAAGUCCAGAAAUGUUACAUGAGAUUUAAAACUGACAUUCAGAGAUGGUGACUGUAUAAUUUCUAUGAUGCGUACAACUAAUUUAGAAAUCAUUAUUAAAACUGUGAAGUAA